ACUAAUGAGAUUGUGGCCAUCAAGAUCCUGAAGAACCAUCCGUCAUAUGCACGUCAGGGACAGAUCGAGGUGAGCAUAUUGAACCGGCUCAGCGCGGAGAAUGCUGACGAGUUCAACUUCGUCCGCUCCUACGAGUGUUUCCAGCAAAAGGGCCACACGUGCUUGGUGUUUGAAAUGCUCGAGCAGAACCUUUACGACUUCCUGAAGCACAGUAAGUUCAGCCCACUGCCCCUGAGGCACAUCCGCCCCAUCCUGCAGCAGGUGGCCACGGCCCUGAUGAAGCUGAAGAGCCUGGGUCUCAUCCACGCCGAUCUGAAGCCUGAGAACAUCAUGCUGGUGGACCCCAUCCGGCAGCCCUACAGAGUAAAAGUCAUCGACUUCGGGUCAGCCAGUCACGUCUCCAAAGCCGUCUGCUCGACUUACCUCCAGUCUCGCUACUACAGAGCCCCUGAGAUCAUCCUUGGUCUGCCGUUCUGUGAAGCCAUUGACAUGUGGUCACUGGGCUGUGUGAUUGCAGAGCUCUUUCUGGGCUGGCCGCUAUAUCCAGGAGCUUCAGAAUAUGACCAGAUUCGGUACAUUUCUCAAACACAGGGAUUGCCUCCUGAGUAUCUCUUGAGUGCUGGCACAAAGACAAGCCGCUUCUUCAACAGAGGACCAGACUCCAGCUACCCACUGUGGAGAUUAAAAACCCCAUCUGAGCAUGAGGCCGAAAUGGGCAUCAAGUCAAAAGAAGCGAGAAAAUACAUCUUCAAUUGUUUAGACGACAUGAUGCAGGUCAAUCUGCCUACUCAUUUAGAAGGGACGGACAUGUUGGCGGAGAAGGCGGACCGUCGGGAGUUGAUUGACCUGCUGAAGAGGAUGCUGAGACUGGAUGCUGAUAAAAGAAUUAUGCCCACAAAGACCCUGGCACAUCCGUUUGUGACCAUGAGCCACCUGCUGAACUUCCCACACAGCUCACAUGUGAAGUCGUGUUUCCAGAACAUGGAUAUCUGCAAGAGAAGGAACAGUAGCUUUGACAGUGGGAAAGCCCUGUUUGCUGCUAACGCUGUUCCUGGAACUGCAGGAAACCUGACUGUGACCUUCAGCAGCCAGCUGAACCAGCACAGCCAGGUUCCAUCCGCUGGUGGAGCUGUUCCUCUUCUUAACUACCAACCGGCACUUUACCAGCAGGCGACCAUAAACAUCCCAGGCCUGGCCCAACCCAGCAUCCCCUUGCAGACCCGCCCCACUCAGCUGUGUGCUCAGACCGAACCUUUCCAGCAAACCCUCAUCGUCUGCCCCCCCACCACUAUCCAAGGGCUUCCGUCUUCUAGUAAAUCCUCUAGCUAUCCUGUCAGGAUGGAGAACAGUGUUCCUGUUGUCCAGCAGAACCAGAACACGCAACCCCUUCAGAUUCAACCCAGCAUGCUGACACAGGUAAUGGCUCCAUCUGUGAAAGCACAGCCUGUGGAAAACCCGAUAUCAGCCAAAAUCCCAUCGGCUAUAGGUCUUGCACAGCAUUACUAUAUGAAGCCUAAGAGAGCCGCCGCCACAAGGCAGCCGAGCAGCUCAGGAGAGAGCGUCACUGACCACCAGCAGGAGCCCAGCAGAUCUCAACCACUCAACCUCAGUCAGACCACUGUCUCCUCGUCCCAAGAACCAUCCGGUGGCUCAUCCUCCCUGCGCCGACAGCAAACAUACCCGCCUGCCUCCUCUCGUUACUGUCUCCAGAAGACCCCGUCGUUCACCAGCACCCCCAGCCUCUACACCUACCCCACCCCCGUGUCCCACAUGGAGCGCCUGCUCGUACAAGGCUCCUCCCCCUCCAUGCACGCCCCGCCCACUAGUCACUAUGCAGCCAGUCUUAUCCCAAAGGACUCCAUUGGAAGCGUGGUCCACGGACUCUCCGCCCACUACCAGCAACAUUACCCCGCCCAUCCUUACAUCAGCACCAGCACCACUAGAGGAAGCGGGGCGUACAGCGGCUAUCAGCUCAGCCCGCGGAGGGUCCCUCAGUACCCCUACAUAUGACACACACAGACUGAUGUCACGUAGGGCCACGUCUUCAGAUUUUACGACCGUCAGACCUGCCGUCAACUGCUGCAACUGGUUUGAUCUGUCCUAUUUAUGUUUUAGAAUGUUAAUAUUUAGAAAUCUAUUAUGUCGUUUUGCAUCCGUUUACUGAGAAAUCCAGUGUCCGGUUAGGUAAGUUUAUUUUCUUAGCUCAAGGAACGCUGACGUGUUUUUAAUCCGUAAGCAAUAGCGGAAUAAUGCUGACAUAAAGGAACAGGGAUCGUAACGCCGUAGAUUCGUCUGUUCGACUAAAAUCCUUACACUAACCCUUGACUCGUUUAUACUCCUUUUUGUUUUUAGAUUCAAUGUCGUGUUUUUGUUGUCGUAGGAUCUCUUGUUUUUAAGUUAUGUUUGAUUGUGAAGCUGACUGGUUCUCAACCACUUUACUGGAAGGUCAAGAUGUGGAAAGGAAAAAAAAAUGUUAUGUGCCCUGGUCAUAUUGGUAUUUAAGUUAGAGCUAUAUGUUAGUCAAAUCAAAGUCCUGGUAGAAUCGUAGAGUGUAUGUUGUGAGGAAUAUCAGUGGAUAUAAAGGAGUAACAUCAACUUCCCAUCAAGUUUUUAUUUUAUUGUAUUUAUUUUUUAGCUAAAAUUGUUUAAUGAUGUCAAUACUCUCCUUGGAGAACAGGGGGGGGGUAAAGAUAUUUAACAGAAGAGCUGGGAUGUCAAAGCCAA